UGUAACACUGAUAUCUCUUUUUGCCCGGGCAGCAUAGAGUAUCCAAGCAGCUUGCUCUGCUGUAACGCGGCUAUAAUUCACAGUCAGCCUUACCGUACGACAAACUGUCACCACGCUACCAAUAGAGCUCGCGAGGAGCGUCUCUUUUAAAGUUAAUCAACGGACCGCAUCCUUGUCGCUUCCUCUGCGCUUACGAGAGAUCACUUGCCCCGUCACUAUCUGGCUAGCGAAGCACUUUGUAGCCUCUGAUAAUAUCUUAAUCUCUUCCACGCCCACUCUGUCUUCUGGACCACCCGCCGUCCUUAGAAAGUCUUACUUACAUUCGCGCGCAUAUAUAGCUAUUCUCACACUCUUGAAUGUCGACGUGCCGUCCUGUUGCCUGUUUUACCGUUUUCCCAUAGCACCCCUCAUACAAUGACUAUCCGGCUUGCAACACCCUCUGACGAGCCCGCCAUGGCAUCUCUCUUGACCAAAGCAUUCUUCGACGAGUCGCUCUUUGGCCAGGUUAUGCAUCCGUACCGCGACCAGUAUCCGGAUGAUGUCAAGAUAUUCUGGUCAGAGUACCUGCGAAAACACUGGAAGAUAACCAACGAAAGACUGUUUGUCGCAACGACAACGGUAGAUGGACGGGAAAAAGUUGCCGGCGUAGCUAUCUGGCGCCGAGACGGCGACGACGAAGGGAAGCGUAGAGUGGAGAGCGAGUGGGUUGAUGUCGGCACAGAUGUCUUCCAGCCCCUUCCCUCAACCCAGAAUCGUGCUCUAGAUCCUAGCAAGCGUAACCUUUUGAACGAUUCCUAUCCCUUCUUUAAGCAUCACUGGGACGGUGACCGCAGAAACAACUGGUAUCUCGAUCUAUGUGGAGUUCAUCCAGACUAUGCCGGCAAGAGGCUCGGACAAGCACUGGUCGGUUGGGGCCUCGAUCGCACGAGAGAAGAGGGCGUCCAUGCGAGUGUCACAGCUAGUAAAGGAAACGAACGGUUCUAUUUGCGAUGUGGGUUUGAUGAGGUAGUAGGAAAUUGUACGCAAGGAGAAGGCAACCCGUUGAGCAAGGCCGGAGUUGAAGGUGGUGAUGUACUGUUCAUGUUUCCCAAACAGAAGCCGUAAGAUGUAUGCACGUAAGGGCAAAACCGCUUCAAGCACCAGCCAGUACCCAUACUUCGCAUAGCCUCUUUCGGCGCGUUUAUUUUAUAAUGUCCGACAUUGCAUCAAGACAUGCCGCGAUAUUACCAAGCCGUUGCUCGGUCCGACGUAUUGGCACAUUACUCGCUAGUGAAGCGACCAACCUCACCAGCCAA